CACAAUCUUAAUUGGAAAUAAGGACAGUAAAUAUGUACAAAAAAAAGUAGUAAUAAAUUUGGGAGUUUUGGAGUCUUUUUUUCAACAGCAGCUCACCCAAAACAUUCCGCCAACCAAAACCAACUCAACAAAAAACAGUUCCCAAAUUUUUCUUCCUUUUUCUGCCCCUCAAUGGCGAUUUCAAUCUUCGCCAGUCAAUCCCUGAGCCCCCAAAUGCUCUGAUCACCUCUUUAAUUAACCAUCGUUUUCGAUUCGAGUUAGUUGCCUGAGAUCGCGCGGCGCAGAACAGCCGCCGGAUCUGAAUCGUCGAGCUGCAGCUUAUCCGUGUUUUUUCUUUUUGGGCUAAGUUUAGUCAACCAAUUGGAUUUUGUUUGUUUGCUUGCUCGGUUGAGUUGAUUUUCCUUUGAAAGAAAGCCAAUUUUUGGUUAUGGCGUCGGCGAAAUCCUCUCGGUCAAGAGCAGCAGCUCUCACCGGAGUUUCAGCGAAGGUGAGUGCCAAAGACGCGGGAGCGAAAUUCGAGGAAAAUCUUAACGUCUUCAAGUCCGAUAGCUUCGAUGCUGAUGCUUUUGUGCAGUCCAAGUGUCACUCGCUCAGCGAAAAGGAAAUUAGACAGUUAUGCUCGUAUCUUGUGGAUUUGAAGAGAGCUUCGGCUGAAGAAAUGCGCAGAAGUGUAUAUGCUAAUUAUAAAGCAUUUAUACGGACAGCCAAAGAGAUAUCAGAUUUGGAAGGUGAGCUUUCAUCGAUGAGAAAUCUGCUAUCCACACAGGCGACCCUAAUUCACAACUUAGCCGAGGGAGUCCAUAUCGAGUCAAUAUCCGACAAACUUCCAGAUGGUUCCACCACAACAGAUCAACCCAACAACAAAAUUAGAGAGCCUUCUGACGUGGAAAAAUGGUCAACCGAAUUCCCCGACUACCUCGAUGUAUUGCUAGCCGAAAGGAGGAUAGAUGAGGCUUUGGUCAGCCUCAACGAAGGAGAACAAGUCGUGGCUGAGGCAAAAGAGAAAAAAAACUUAUCCCCCGAAAUGGUCAUCUCUUUGCAGACCACCAUAACCGAACGCCGCCAAAAGCUGGCCGAUCAGCUUGCCGAAGCCGCCUGCCAACCGUCCACAAGGGGCACUGAGCUCCGGUCAGCAAUUUCGGCUCUCAAAAAGCUCGGUGAUGGGCCCCGCGCACAUACUCUUCUCCUUAGCGCACAUUACCAGAGGUAUCAAUACAACAUGCAGAGCCUUCGCCCGUCAAGCACCUCUUAUGGUGGGGCUUACACAGCAGCUCUUUCUCAGUUCGUGUUCUCAGCCAUUGCUCAGGCAGCUAGUGAUUCCUCGUCAAUUUUCUGCAAGGAGACAGCUUAUACGUCGGAGCUCGUGAUGUGGGCUACGAAGCAAACGGAAGCUUUCGCACUUUUGGUGAAGAGACAUGCGUUAGCUUCAUCUGCAGCUGCUGGCGGCUUGAGAUCGGCUGCCGAGUGUGUUCAGAUAGCUUUGGGGCACUGUUCGUUGCUGGAAGCCCGUGGCCUUGCCCUCUGUCCAGUGCUCUUGAGACUAUUCAGGCCAAGCGUCGAGCAAGCUCUGGAUGCUAAUUUGAAGCGUAUUGAGGAGAGUACGGCUGCUUUGGCAGCGGCUGAUAAUUGGGACCUCACUUAUCCUCCGGCGUCCUUGCGGUUGUCUGGAAGGACUGGCGGUGGCAGCAUGAUGGGGUUGUAUCAGCCCAAGCUCUCGAGUAGUGCUCAUCGUUUCAAUUCUAUGGUCCAGGAUUUUUUCGAAGAUGUAGGACCCCUCUUAAGUAUGCAGUUGGGAAGUAGAACUUUGGAUGGCUUGUACCAGGUGUUCAAUUCUUAUGUAAAUAUGCUCAUAAAAGCAUUACCAGGCUCCAUGCAAGAAGAAGCAGAUUUCGAGGGCUCCGGUAAUAAAAUCAUCCGAAUGGCCGAAAAUGAAGCACAACAAAUUGCAUUGCUUGCAAAUGCAUCCUUACUUGCCGAUGAGCUUUUGCCACGUGCAGCCAUGAAGCUCUCCCCUUUGAAUCAGGCGAAUUAUAAUGAUGAUUCUCGUAGAAGACCUAUCGACCGGCAAAACCGUAAUCCCGAGCAAAGAGAAUGGAAGAGGCGCCUUGUCAGUUCAGUUGAUAGAUUGAAAGAUUGUUUCUGCCGACAGCAUGCUCUGGAUCUUAUUUUUACCGAGGAAGGUGAAAGUUAUCUUACUGCACACAUGUAUAUAAACAUGGAUGGUAAUAUGGAUGAAAUAGAGUGGUUCCCUUCUCCCAUAUUCCAGGAACUCUUUGCAAAGCUUAAUAGGAUGGCUGGAAUAGCAGCAGACAUGUUUGUGGGCCGAGAAAGAUUUGCUACUCUUUUAUUAAUGAGGCUCACUGAAACUGUUAUUUUAUGGCUUUCUGAAGACCAAACGUUUUGGGAUGAUAUCGAGGAAGGGCCCAGGCCUUUAGGUCCUCUUGGUCUACAGCAGUUCUAUUUGGAUAUGAAAUUCGUCAUGUGCUUUGCAUCGCAAGGCCGCUACUUGUCGAGGAAUUUGCACCGUGUGGUCAAUGAUAUUAUAUCUAAAGCACUUGCUGCAUGUUCUGCCACAGGCAUAGAUCCAUAUAGCGUACUGCCGGAAGAUGAUUGGUUUAAUGAAGUUUGUCAAGAUGCAUUAGAGAAGCUGAGUGGCAAACCAAAGGUUGCUAAUGGGGAACGAGACCUAAACAGCCCAACUGCUUCUAUUUCUGCACAGUCGAUUUCAUCCACAAGAUCUCAUGGGAGUUCUUAAUACACAAACCGAAGUUCGUGGAGGAUUUGUAAAUAAGACCGACUGUUGAGUUUGUGAUGGAUUUACCUGCAAUCCUUGUAUUCAGGAAAGUCUUCUAUAUCUUCUUUUCAUUUUAUUUUUUUUUCAUUGUUACUUUUCAUUUUUGUGCCAUUUUUUCUUUUCUUUUUAUCCCCAGCUUAGAAUUUGUUGCCUUAUAUAAGAAUUAUAGGCAAGGCUAGAAAUUCUGUGUUACCCCCACCUGGGGUGGCAUUUUGAGUGUGUAUAUAUGUUGAUCAGCUGUGUUAAUAAUGCAACCCCAAACAUACAAUUACACUAUUAUUUUGUGUAAUUGUUACAAGUUUUGUCUUCCAGCAAUUUGGCAUAUUUUUGUAAUGUAAUCAUGGAUAUAUAUCAUUCAUCCAAUGGAAUGAAGACAUGUAUCAUUUAUCCAAUGUUAUUAAAUAUAAGGAUAAAUAAUAAUUUGCAAGAAUUUG